UGCUGUGUUCUGGACCAGUUGGGAGGAAAGGAUACUAGCAAGAUGUCCGAGAUGAGGAAUUGAGCUCACCUAACCUAAGUUAUUCCUGUCUUUAUUUUUUAUUGUAUCUCCCUUCCCAGGUCGUAACACAAUGACUGAAAGAUUUCCACCAAUGCUGGCUUCUUCCUGUCAGUAUCCCAACACUAACAGUGACUGGGAGGGACAGAAAGUGAUGCCGGACACAGAAUUAGCUGCUGGUGAUUUGCCUAGGCCUUUUUCUCCUUUGCAUUUCCCUGAGUUGAGUUAGUUUUCCACAUUUUGAAUAACCACCAUUCUUUCCUGUGCAGAGACAUUCGUUUGGGUUAACAAUGCAUCAGCACAUUCCCAGAGUGUUGCCAAGGCAAAGUACGAAUUUUUAUUUGGGAAGUCAGAAGAGAAAACUCCAGAUACUAGCGAUCAUGGAGGAAGCACUUUACUCCCACCGACGGUCACAAAUGAAUUUCCAGAAUAUGGGACCAUGGAAGAAGGAGGAGGGGAAGGCCUGAGAGCCUCUCUAGACUUUGAUACCAAGUCUCUGCCAUGCCACCCGCCAGAGCAGCAGGGUGUCCAUCUUCUUGCUGGACAAGACUCUCCGCUCAACAGUGUUACGGAAGGACCAAAUAAUGCCCCUCAGUGUCACCCUCAGGAACAAAGUUUACAACCCAUUGACUCUUUAAUUUCUGCUCUGAAAGCUACAGAAGCCAGAAUAGCUUCAGGAACAUUUCAGGCUACAAAGGUACUGGACAAAGAUGCUAAGUUUUCAGGUCAGCAGGUGGAUAAAGAGCUGAGUACUGCCAGUCAUAAGCCACAGAGAGCCCAUAGAGCAUUCCCUGCCGGACCAGGCAGAUCACCAGGUUUACCUCUUUCAGUGGAAGUACCAACGGAGGGCAAUUUUUCUUUGAGCAUCCAGGAGGAUCUGACUGCACUCUUACCUGAAGCAGCUCAGGCAGAACUGUCCCAGAUAACUAAUUACAGGAAACAAGGGCCUCUCUGUGUGCAGGAGCCAGUAUGUCCCAUGUCCUCCCUGCGGAGCUCAACAGGGAGCCAGAACCCUGUAGACAAAGUUGGUGUUUUGAAAGAUCAGAGGUCUGACCUUGGAAGAGCGCACCCUAGAGGGUGUGAUUCGGGUGGCUUCUUGGGCCGCCAAGGCCGGAUCAAACACGUAGAGUUUCAAGGAGUAGAGAUAUUAUGGACAGGAGAGAAGGCGGAGACCCAGCAUCCUGUAGGCUUUGAGAAAUCACCGGAAAGGACAGCGUCUCCUGUGAGCAAGGAGUUUGCCAAAGGGCCAAGCUAUUCCAGCUCAGCGGCUGGUUUGUGCAGCAAUUCUGUUAAUUUAACUGGAAGUGUUUGGGAUGAAACCUGGAAAGUUCCUUCAGCAAGGCCUGGCACGAGCUUGGGGACAUUGUCCCCCGUGCCACUUGCUGAGAGUGGAGAGGAUGAAGUCUUCCUGCAGGAAAGCAAAGAACACCUUGAGGAGAACCUUGAUACCCAGGGAGACAAAGAAAGGUUUCAGGAACAAGAGGAGCACCUUAGGGGAGGAGAUGACGAUAUUCUUGGGCCCGGAUAUACGGAGGACUCCACUGAUGUAUACAGCAGCCAAUUUGAAACCAUUUUGGACAACACCUCCCUAUACUACAGUGCAGAGUCAUUAGAGACACUGUACUCGGAACCUGAUAGCUAUUUUAGCUUUGAAAUGCCGCUUACGCCAAUGAUACAGCAGCGCAUUAAAGAAGGUGGCCAGUUCUUGGAGAGGACCUCUGUGGGAGGACAUCAGGAUGUCUUGAGUGUGUCCGCAGACGGUGGGAUCGUGAUGGGCUACUCUACCGAGAUCAGCAAUGGACUGCAUGAUUCUGCCAGCUCUGUCUACAGGAAAGGCCCUCAAGAGAUUGCCUCCUGGGGAAGUGGUGGCCAUAGCCAUGCAGAGGUGAAAACCCGACCAGACGCUCACUCUGAAAUGGGGAGCACUGAGAUUCUGGAAAAAGAGACCACAGAAAGUCUCAGUAACGGCACGAACAGCAACGUGGAAGCAGCUAAACGCUUGGCCAGACGCUUGUAUCAUCUAGACAGAUUCAAAAGAUCAGACGUUGCAAAACAUCUAGGCAAAAACAAUGACUUUAGUAAACUCGUUGCGGAAGAGUAUCUGAAGUUUUUUGAUUUCACAGGGAUGACGCUGGAUCAGUCUCUCAGGUAUUUCUUUAAAGCAUUUUCUCUUGUGGGAGAAACGCAGGAGCGUGAGAGAGUAUUAAUACAUUUCUCCAAUAGAUAUUUUUAUUGUAAUCCAGACACUAUCACCUCACAAGAUGGAGUCCAUUGCCUCACCUGUGCUAUGAUGCUCCUCAACACAGACCUGCAUGGCCAUAAUAUUGGAAAGAAGAUGACCUGCCAAGAGUUCAUUACAAAUCUCCAAGGAGUAAAUGAAGGUGUGGAUUUCUCCAAGGAUCUUCUGAAAGCCCUGUACAACUCAAUCAAGAAUGAGAAGCUUGAAUGGGCAGUAGAUGAUGAAGAGAAAAAGAAAUCUCCCUCAGAAGGUACUGAUGAGAAGGCUAAUGGAACACACCCAAAGACCAUCAGUCGUAUUGGGAGUACAACUAACCCAUUUUUGGACAUUCCUCAUGACCCAAAUGCUGCUGUAUACAAAAGUGGAUUUUUGGCUCGCAAAAUCCAUGCAGAUAUGGAUGGAAAGAAGACUCCAAGAGGAAAGCGGGGAUGGAAAACCUUCUAUGCUGUCCUGAAGGGAACAGUUCUUUACUUACAAAAGGAUGAAUAUAAACCAGAGAAGGCUUUGUCGGAAGAAGACUUGAAAAACGCAGUGAGUGUGCACCAUGCCCUAGCAUCCAAGGCCACCGACUAUGAGAAGAAGCCAAACGUGUUUAAACUCAAGACUGCUGACUGGAGGGUCUUGCUUUUCCAAACCCAGAGUCCAGAGGAAAUGCAGGGGUGGAUAAGCAAAGUUAAUUGUGUGGCUGCUGUAUUUUCUGCACCGCCAUUCCCAGCAGCCAUUGGCUCUCAGAAGAAGUUUAGCCGCCCCCUUCUGCCAGCCACCACCACCAAGUUAUCCCAGGAGGAACAGCUGAAAUCCCAUGAAAGCAAGCUGAAGCAGAUCACCACUGAGCUGGCUGAGCAUCGCUCAUAUCCCCCAGACAAGAAGGUCAAAGCCAAGGAUGUGGAUGAAUACAAGCUCAAAGACCACUAUCUGGAGUUUGAGAAAACCCGCUAUGAAAUUUACGUCAACAUUCUGAAAGAAGGAGGCAAGGAGCUCCUGAGUACUGAGGGAAACGAGGCAGUGGGACUAAAGAAGUCACAUUCAAGUCCUUCCCUGAACCCAGAUGCAUCUCCAGUCACUGCCAAGGUCAAGCGCAACGUGUCAGAGAGGAAGGACCACCGACCUGAGACACCGGGCAUUAAGCAAAAAGUUACUUAGAGUCCAUCCACGGCCAGGAAGUGCUGGUCAUGGAGCAAAAAAGAGUUUUUCAAGAUCUUUCUGGUAAUCCGUGAAUAUAUUUAAAAAAAUAGUCUGUGACUAAAUGGUGCAUUAGUAACCUUUUAUAUUGUA